AUGGGUACAAGAGAGAAAGAUAGAGAUCUUGAGCGUCUUAUACCAGUUACCAGAUCAGGGAUCUCGGAGAUAGAUGGUGAUUCCAACUCGUCGUCGCCGGCGGAAUCCCCUCCGGGGGCUUCUUCCUCGUCCUCUCAUCAAUCUGGCAAGGAGGUCUCCAAUUUUGUGCGUCUCUCUUUCUUUGUUCGCAGUUGGGCUUCAAAAAAGUUCAUGACCGGAUGUGUCAUUUUAUUUCCCAUAGCCAUCACAUUUUAUGUGACUUGGUGGUUCAUUCAUUUCGUGGAUGGAAUAUUCUCCCCAAUCUAUUCUCUUAUGGGAAUUAAUACAUUUGGUCUUGGAUUUGUGACCUCCAUUGCUUUCAUCUUUUUGGUGGGUGUGUUCAUGUCCUCAUGGCUGGGAACCUCUCUACUCAGCUUAGGGGAAUUCAUAAUAAAGAAGAUGCCUCUCAUGAGCUACAUUUACUCUGCCUCCAAACAAAUCAGUGCAGCAAUCUCACCAGGUCAAGGUUCACAUGCAUUUAAAGAAGUGGCAAUCAUAAGGCACCCAAGUGUUGGAGAAUACGCACUUGGAUUCAUAACAUCAACUGUUAUCCUGCGUAAGAAUACAGGUGCUGAGGAGUUAUGUUGCAUUUAUGUGCCAACCAACCACCUUUAUCUAGGAGAUAUAGUCCUUGUCAAUUCAAAAGAUGUUAUGAAGCCUAACAUCUCAGUCCGAGAAGGCAUAGAGAUUGUGAUAUCAGGAGGCAUGUCGAUACCUAACAUCUUAACUACAAUGGAUUCCCAAUCGAUUUUAGCUCCAAGAUCUGGGAAGUAUGUUGUCCCACAAGUAUAAUACAACAUGUAUACUUUUUCAAUCUUAUUCACGCUCUUGAAAAUAC